AUGACUUCUCUAGUGGCAAUGAUGGCAAUUCCAAUAUCUCCACAAGGUAAACCGCCUUGGGUUCGGGAUUACUCCUCCACAGAUCCAAGACUCCCCAAGUUCUGGGCAAAGCAACGCUCUGGUCGAGGGCGGCAAUGCUUUCGGACACUCGACCAGGUACGGUUGGUGUGCUCGCUUCCUUUGCUCGUACACCUGGCUAGCUGUGGAGUUCCUUGCUCAUCUGCCAUGUUCAUUAUCCGGCACUUCGACUACUUCUUUGACGAGUUUAUAUAUCCAUCUUGCCUUUCGGAAUUGGCUAAUUCUGUUCAAUCUCAUUCCUUCACUAGUGGCCUCUAGGGUAGUGAACUGACCGUUCUCGUCUUUUGGACUCCGAAUCCAAUUCAGUAUAACAUUCUUUCACCUUAGCGAUCAAUUGCUUUUGGCCCACCACCUUUCUGCUUCUCCCUGAACUCUACCGCCGUUGUCACCAUGUCUGAUUCUUCUCUGUACGACAUUGUCAUCAUCGGCGCUGGCCCUGUCGGCCUUUUGCUUUCGGUUUGUUUGUCACGAUGGGGCUACAAAGUUCGCCACAUUGACAACCGGCCUGUGCCCACCGCCACAGGCAGAGCAGAUGGCAUUCAGCCACGGUCGAUAGAAAUUUUGAAGAAUCUGGGCUUGAAAUCUGGAAUCAUGGCCCACAAGCCUGCCCGAGUAUUUGAAGUGGCCUUCUGGGAUCCGGCGCCAGAAGGAAAGAUUGUCCGCACUGGGACAUGGGCUAGCUGUCCUGAUUUCCUCGAUGGUCGAUAUCCUUACACGGCUUUGCUUCAUCAAGGUCUGAUUGAACGAGUGUUGAUCGAAGACAUCCAGAAGAAUGGGACAGUCGUUCAACGACCUUGGACGAUCACGCGAUUUGAGACCAAUCAUGCGAACCCGGACUAUCCUGUCGAGGUCGAUCUCAAGAACCUUGACAGCAAUGUUGUCGACACUGUCCGUACCAAGUAUCUCUUCAGCGGCGAGGGCGCACGAAGUUUCGUUCGCGAGCAACUUGGCGUUCAGAUCCGGCACAAGGAUCCUAUCUCACACGUUUGGGGCGUUAUGGACGGCGUGGUUCGCACAAAUUUCCCAGACAUCAAAAUGAAGUGCACGAUCCAUUCCGACCACGGCAGCAUCAUGGUUAUUCCUCGCGAAAACAACAUGUGCAGACUUUAUAUUCAGAUCGCCAGCUCCACCGACCCCGACUUCGACCCUCGAAAGACAGCAACCGUUGCCGAGGUUCAGGCAGCUGCCAAAAAGAUCUUUGCACCAUAUUAUGUUUCAUGGGACCGAGUUGAGUGGUACUCGGUCUAUCCCAUUGGCCAGGGAAUUGCCGAUAAAUACACUCUAGACCAUCGUGUCUUUAUGGGUGGAGAUGUGUGCCAUACUCACUCGCCCAAAGCUGGACAAGGCAUGAACACAGCCUUCCACGACGCGAUCAACUUGGCCUGGAAAUUGCACCUGGUCGAGUCUGGCUUUGCCAAUCGCAAUGUCCUCGAAACCUACGAGGUUGAGCGAAAAUUCAUUGCCGAGACUCUUCUCGACUUUGAUAACAAAUAUGCUGCUCUCUUUUCUCAACGGAUACCCUCGGCAGCCGAGGUGUCGGACGCACAUGCCGGCUCAGAAUCACAAAAAGACAACCCCUUCGUUGAGAUGUUCAAGGCAAACUGCGAGUUCACAUCUGGUUUCGGCGUUGCUUAUAAGAGCAACAUCUUCAAUCACUCACUGGAGCAUCCUUUCCAACAUCCUCUUGUCAUCACCGACUCUGAAAAGCUUCGACCUGGUCGCAUCAUUCCACCAUCAGACGUGACUAGGGUGGUUGAUGCCAAUGUGGUUCACCUCGAAAACGAAAUCCCAUUCAACGGCGCAUUCCGCCUGUUUAUCUUUGGCGGUCAAAAGGCAUCGCCGAAGAAGGGUGGGCACAAGGCUCUGGCGGAUCUCGCCAGCGGCUUGUCGCGACCCGAUUCAUUCUAUUCCCGCUUCUCGUGCAAAAACUCAACACGCGACACGCAUUACGACAGCGAUAACCCACACUCGAAAUUCUUCUCUAUCGCACUUACUCUCGCCGCCAAGAGACCCGAGAUUGAAAUCUCCAAUCUCCCAGAACUGUUCCAAGCAUACAGUGGUCGCAUCUAUGCAGAUGACCGGAGACAAAUGAAGGCUCUUGAUGCCAAAUUUGGCGCACACGCCAAGGUUGGCCUCACUGGUGACGAAGGUGCAGUCGUUGUUGUCCGACCAGACGGCCAUGUUGGCGUUGCCAUCAGAUUGGUUGAGGGACAAGGCACAGUCGAAGCACUUGAAGGAUACUUCAAGGGAUUCACAACCCCAUCGUCGUUCGUUGGUAGUGAGUCUGGACUGGGUGGUGGAAAGGCUCAUGUCAGAGCACAGCUAUGAGUCUCGAUGUGACAACGUUUGGUGUUAGUCUAAGCAGAGCAGAGCAGUUUGUGCUUGUGAUUGAUUCCCUUGCAUGACUGCAAACUGAUUGUAUCAUGGUUGUUGGCGUUUGAACGUUUUGGAGCACAGUCAGUACAGUAUAGCACAGUCAUAUAUGAU